GUAGGCUACCUUUCCUCUCCCACCUCCCUUCAUUCCCUUCCCGCUCCGUUUUCUCAAUCCCUCCAUCUUACCCGUGCGCCCUUCCACUGAUCCCCAUCCACGCACGCCCCCCACCACCGGCAGGCCGCAACGUGUACAUGAACUUUGGGUGCGUGCUGCUGGACUGCAACCGCAUCACCAUCGGCGACGACGUCCUCUUUGGCCCCUACGUGCAGCUCUACACGGCAGCGCACCCCACGCACCCCGCCACGCGGCUCACGGGAGUGGAAACCGCACACGCCAUCACCAUAGGCUCCAAUGUGUGGCUCGGCGGGGGGGUGAUUGUGUGCCCUGGGGUUAGCAUUGGGUCGCACACGACUAUUGGUGCUGGAAGUGUGGUGACCAAGGAUAUUCCGGACUGUUGUGUGGCGGUGGGGAACCCCUGUAGGGUGAUUAAGACUGUUCCUGCCCCUGAGCCCAGAGCAGAGCUGCUUCCUCCGGCAAAUGGGGAGGGUGGCACGGACAUGGAAAAGGAAUAG